AAUGCAGGACACCCUAUUUUUUGGAAUAACAUUGUACGAAGACCUUAGCAAUGAUAUCAUUAAGGACUUUGUCAAACAUUUAUUGCAAACUGUUAAUAGUUCAGAAAUUAGUAAUACAACCGAAUUUAGCUCCCGGCUUCCUACGGACAAUGUAUGGUUACAUAAAUUUUAUGCUACACCAAUCUAUUCUUUGUCGGAGUCAAUUGACAAUCAUCGCCAAAUGAUGCAGCUUUCCAUGUUUGAUAUGCCAAAGGCUUUCGUUUACCUCGAAGCAGACUUGGACUUGCGAACAAAAAAGAAGACGAGAUUUUUAUCUGGAGUAAAAGGCACAAUUCUUUUACCAAAAAGAUUUGACACAGGGAUUAAAAAGCGAAUUAUUGCUUUUUGUAAGUCUGCAGAAGACAAGGAAAUUGCUUUAAAAUAUGGAGCUACUUUUUUUGGAUCUACUAAUGUAAUAGCAGGAAUCGAAAAAGGGGAGAUUCGUUAUGAAGAUUUUGACCAUAUAGUUUGUGCAGCAGAUACGCUGACUGACAUUUCUCCUAUAAGGAAAUUUUUAAAGGAACAUUAUCCGACCCAAAAGGCUAACACCUUAGGCUCUGAUUUGGAAGGCAUGCUGCUGCUCUAUAAGUAUGGAUACACCUAUGAAAGUAACAAGCUAAACGAAGCCAAUGGAAAAGUCACUGUACCUAUAGGAACCCUUGAUAUGUCAGUUGAGGACCUGCAAAUUAAUCUCCAACAUUAUAUCGAUACUUUUGAAAGUCAAAGAACAUCAAGAUCGUCUAAUUGGCGAUUUGUGAAGAAUAGUUAUGUUACUUGUCCCCCUUCUGUAGAAAAAUUUAAGUUAUCUGAAGACUUUACAGUACCUUCCGCAAAAAUUAAAUAA